AUGGUGAAAGCUUUUGAUGGCUCGAGGAAGGAUGUCCUUGGAGAGGUGGUUCUACCUAUCACAGUUGGGCCACAAGUUUUCCAAGUUAAUUUUCAAGUCAUGGACAUUCAAGCUUCGUAUAGUUGCCUACUGGGUCGACCCUGGAUUCACGAGGCAGGGGCUGUCACAUCCACGCUGCAUCAAAAGCUGAAGUUUGUGAAGAAUAGGAAGCUAGUAACUGUAAACGGUGAAGAGGCUUUAUUGGUGAGUCAUCUGUCAUCUUUCUCUUUCAUUGGGGCAGACGAUGUCGAAGGGACACCUUUUCAAGGGUUUACUAUAGAAGAUAAGAAUACCAAGAGGAAUGAAGCCUCUAUCUCGUCUUUAAGAGAUGCUCAGAAGGAAGAAGAAAAUGAAAAGAUCCCUGACGAAAUCUCCCGACUACUCGAACAAGAGAGGAAGACCAUUCAGCCUUAUGGGGACGAACUAGAAGUGAUUAACUUGGGCACCAAAGAAGACAAGAAAGAAAUCAAGGUUGGGGCAUCGCUCGAAACAAGUGUUAAAAAGCAAGUAAUAGAGCUCCUCAAAGAAUAUGUUGAUGUGUUUGCCUGGUCCUACCAAGAUAUGCCGGGUCUAGACACUGAUAUCGUGGUGCAUCACCUACCAUUGAAACCUGAGUGUCCGCCAGUCAAACAAAAGUUGAGAAGAACACGUCCUGACAUGGCUCUCAAAAUCAAAGAAGAGGUACAGAAACAGAUCGACGCUGGUUUCCUCAUCACAUCAAAUUACCCCCAAUGGUUAGCUAACAUAGUGCCUGUUCCAAAGAAAGAUGGUAAGGUCAGAAUGUGUGUUGACUACCGUGAUUUAAACAAAGCUAGCCCGAAAGACGACUUUCCUCUACCUCAUAUUGACGUGUUGGUUGACAGUACUGCAAAGUCUAAAGUCUUCUCAUUCAUGGAUGGAUUCUCCGGUUAUAAUCAAAUCAAGAUGGCACCCGAAGAUAGAGAGAAAACAUCAUUUAUUACACCUUGGGGUACUUUUUGUUACAAAGUAAUGCCGUUCGGUUUAAUCAAUGCAGGAGCUACUUAUCAGAGGGGUAUGACUACUCUUUUCCACGAUAUGAUACAUAAAGAGAUCGAGGUCUAUGUGGAUGAUAUGAUAGUCAAGUCGAUUACUGAAGAAGACCAUGUCAAGUAUCUACAGAAGAUGUUCCAGCGCCUGAGGAAGUACAAACUUCGUCUAAAUCCCAACAAAUGCACUUUUGGUGUCAGAUCCGGAAAGCUUCUAGGCUUCAUUGUCAGCCAAAAAGGCAUCGAAGUAGAUCCUGACAAAGUCAAAGCCAUCAGAGAGAUGCCUGCUCCGAGAACAGAAAAAGAAGUAAGGGGUUUUCUUGGACGACUAAAUUACAUCUCCCGGUUCAUUUCUCAUAUGACUGCAACUUGUGGGCCGAUAUUCAAACUACUCCGCAAAGAACAAGGUAUUGUGUGGACCGAAGAUUGCCAGAAGGCUUUUGACAGCAUAAAGAAGUACUUGCUAGAACCACCGAUUCUCAUCCCUCCAGUUGAAGGAAGACCUUUGAUCAUGUACCUAACGGUGCUAGAAAAUUCCAUGGGUUGUGUGGUCGGACAACAAGAUGAAACCGGAAGAAAAGAGCACGCCAUUUAUUAUUUAAGCAAGAAGUUUACUGAAUGUGAAUCUCACUACUCCAUGCUCGAGAAGACAUGUUGUGCUCUAGCCUGGGCUGCCAAACGCCUCCGUCAUUAUAUGAUUAAUCACACUACUUGGCUGGUAUCUAAAAUGGAUCCAAUCAAGUACAUAUUUGAGAAGCCCGCUUUGACAGGAAGGAUUGCACGGUGGCAGAUGCUACUAUCUGAAUAUGAUAUCGAGUACCGUUCCCAAAAGGCAAUUAAAGGCAGUAUUCUUGCUGAUCACUUGGCUCACCAACCGCUUGAGGACUAUCAACCUAUCAAGUUUGACUUUCCUGAUGAAGAGUUUAUGUAUCUAAAGAUGAAAGAUUGCGACGAGCCACUAUUCGGAGAAGGUCCUGAUCCAGAUUCAGUGUGGGGAUUGAUAUUUGAUGGGGUUGUCAAUGUAUACGGCAACGGCAUAGGGGCAGUACUCCUUACUCCUAAAGGUGCUCACAUCCCUUUCACAGCAAGACUCCGGUUUGACUGCACGAACAACAUCGCUGAAUAUGAAGCCUGCAUCAUGGGUAUUGAAGAAGCCAUUGAUCUAAGAAUCAAGAACAUCGAAAUAUAUGGAGAUUCAGCUCUUGUAAUCAACCAGAUCAAAGGAAAAUGGGAAACUCUUCACGCAGGACUAAUACCUUAUCGAGACUAUGCAAGACGUUUACUGACCUUCUUCAACAAAGUGGAAUUACAUCAUAUCCCUCGGGAUGAGAAUCAGAUGGCUGAUGCCUUGGCUACUUUGUCUUCAAUGAUCAAGGUGAAUCAUCACAAUGACGUGCCACUAAUCAGUGUCAAAUUCCUUGAUAGACCCGCUUAUGUGUUUGCCGCUGAAGCAGUUUUCGACGAUAAACCUUGGUUUCAUGAUAUUAAGGUGUUUCUCCAAACUCGAGAGUAUCCUCCUGGAGCAUCCAACAAAGAUAAGAAGACUCUAAGAAGAUUAUCUAGUAAUUUCUUCCUGAAUGGGGACAUCUUGUACAAAAGAAACUUUGACACAGUCUUGCUCAGAUGUGUAGACAAAUAUGAAGCUGAUUUAUUGAUACAUGAAAUACACGAAGGAUCCUUCGGAAUUCAUCCUAAUGGGCACACAAUGGCUAAAAAGAUAUUGCGAGCAGGCUACUACUGGAUGACAAUGGAAUCAGAUUGCUACAAGCAUACCAGAAAGUGUCACAAGUGUCAGAUAUACGCCGACAAGAUUCAUGUGCCGCCAACUACACUCAAUUUACUUUCCUCUCCGUGGCCUUUCUCUAUGUGGGGCAUUGACAUGAUCGGAAGGAUUGAGCCCAAAGCUUCAAAUGGACACCGUUUCAUCCUAGUGGCUAUUGACUACUUCACUAAGUGGGUUGAGGCCGCAUCGUAUGCUAAUGUGACCAAGCAAGUGGUGGUCAAAUUUAUCAAGAAUCAUAUCAUUUGUCGUUAUGGCAUCCCCAACCGGAUCAUCACCGACAACGGAACAAAUCUAAACAACAAGAUGAUGAAAGAAUUGUGUGAUGAUUUCAAGAUCGAGCACCAUAACUCUUCACCUUACAGACCUCAAAUGAAUGGGGCAACUCCUUUCUCCCUGGUAUAUGGCAUGGAGGCAGUACUUCCUGUAGAAGUCGAAAUUCCAUCAUUGAGAGUCCUAAUGGAGGCUGACUUAUCAGAAGCUGAAUGGGUUCAGAAUAGAUACGACCAGUUGAAUCUAAUUGAAGAAAAGCGCAUGACAGCCCUAUGUCACGGACAAUUAUAUCAAAAAAGGAUGAAGCAGGCCUUUGACAAGAAAGUUCGUCCCCGUGAGUUUAAAGAAGGUGAUCUUGUGCUCAAAAAGAUUUUCUCUUUCCGACCAGACUCCCGAGGCAAGUGGGCUCCUAAUUAUGAAGGUCCGUAUGUUGUUAAGAAAGCCUUCUCAGGUGGUGCCAUGACUCUACAAACCAUGGACGGUGAAGAACUUCCACAACCUAUACAGCUUGGCACUCGGGAGUAA